UUUUUUUUAAUAUAAACAUAUAUACUUAUAUAAUAUAAUAUAACAUAAUAUAUAUAUAUAUAUAUAUUGAUAUAUUGAUAUAUUAAUAUAUAUGGAUACCGUCAAUCAUAGUGUAUUACAAUUUGUCUCGGCAGCAGCAUUAGCAUUGGAAGCUCAAGACGGUGAUGGGACAAGACUAGGAUCUUCAAGUGAUCUAGGCCGAUCUAUAGAAGCCAUUUAUAGUACACAAACAUGGUCAGAUGUCGACUCUUCAUCUCAGCAUCAAGAACACGACUUCCAAUUGGACUUGACCAGCACUGACAAAGACAACACCAAUCAACCACUGUAUAUACAAGAACUAUUAGCCGAAGCAACGGGAACAAGUAAUGAUCAACUAUCUCAUAGAUCUUUUAGUGACAAACAAGAAGAAGAAGACGAUGAAGAUGACGACGACGAAGAAGAAGAAGAUGACGAAGAGUCUGAACUACAUAAUUUAAGCAGUAGUAACGACAAUAUAAUGAAAAGAAGUAUAGAUCAAACUGUACAACUCAUUUUCCACCUACCACGUACAGAGAAACUUCAAGCAGAAUGGCCAUGUUAUAUUGUACGGUCUGCCAUUGUACCAGGUUUCCUUUAUUUGACUGAACAACAUGUAUGCUUUUAUGCAUCAUUACCUAGUAAUCAGCAAGGAUAUCACAAGACUGGAUAUAUGAUGAUCAAGACUUCAAGAAAAAUGGGCAAUUAUUAUCGACGUUGUUAUUUUGAUCUCAAAAAUGACGUGCUUGCAUGGUAUGAAAGCGCCACUGAUACUUACUCACCCCUGGGCAAAAUUGAUCUCAAAUAUACUUUAUCCGUUCGACCAUCCAAGAAACGACAACAUGGAUUCAGAAUCGUUACUAUGAAUAAGACUUGGCAUUUGAAAGCUGAUACUGAUUCUGCAAUGAUGGAAUGGUUGGCAAUCUUUCAAAAGGCAAUUUUCAAGGCAAAAAAUUCUGGUUCAAACCUCAAGAUGACAUUUCCCUUUAGCAGCAUCCUGGAUAUUGAAUACACUGACGCAUUUGAAUUCCAACAAUUUUUGAAAAUCCGGGUGGUCGGUAUAGAAGAUAGUUUUGUUAUGGAUGAGUAUUAUUUUGCUUACUUUCCUGAUAUUAAAUCUACCUAUCAACGAAUUUUGGACGCAUGGAAUAGUUCUCAACUUGAAUCAAGAUCCAAUAAUGAAGACAAGUUAUCAACGGAAAUCAAUGACACCAGUUAUCAUCCUGAUUCAUCCUCAAUAGCAAGUGGUUCGCCUUCCUUAUCCAUUUCCGAUUUGUAUGAUGCCAAUUCUCAGCCUAUAGUGAUUCAGUCUUUAUCGGAAAAAGCAGAUACUUCUUCUUAUACCGAUCAAGUACAACAACAGCAAAAACCAGCAUCUGUACCAGCCAAAUUACCAAGAACAUCUAGUGUAGGAUCCGUUGUUGCCAAUGCUCUUGCAGUGCCUGGGGCGCUGAAAGAAUUAAUUUAUCCAUCCUCCUCUGAUAGUACCUCAAGUACAAAACAAUCAACCACUGUAGAUAGUAUGGAACGACAACAACAACAGCAACGAGUUUUGGAAAGACAUGGUACACCAAAUGAUACAAGGUCAAGUGAUGAAGGAGAUUCGUCCAGUUCUGGUGAAGAAGAAAAGGCCAUGGUGGAUUGGUUGGAUGAAAAAAGACGCUCAGGUAUGAAAUUGGUUUAUGGACUAUUGGCUGGAAGUGGCAAUACUGGUAGCACAGCAACCGUGUAUCAUAUGCAAGAAAACAACGAUCAUAAAGAAUCUAAUCAAGAAAACUUAUCAAAGGAAACUACCGAAACCGAACUUUCUUCUUAUUCUGUCCAUGGGGAAGUCAUUGAUGACCGUAUUUUAACCAAUUUUCGAAAAUAUUUUGUCCUUCCUGAAUCCGAAAAACUCAUUGCAGUCUUUCGAUGCUCAUUACUCAAAACUCUUCCAUGUUAUGGCAAACUUUAUAUCUCCACCAAUCAUAUCUCAUUCAAUUCCAAAGGAUUUGCAACGAAAGCAAAGAUGAUUAUACCAUUUGAAGAUGUCCUCCGUAUACAAAAAUUACAAAGCAAAGGUUAUAUUUUCCAUUCUCUUAGUAUUCUCACUCAAAAGAAAAAAGAAAUAUUCCUGGAAUUCUCCUCAUUAUCAAGAAGAAACAGUUGCUUUGCUCAACUUUUUUUACAACACAAAAGAACUCAUGAUAGUCGUUUAGCAAGUAAAGAAACGGAAGAAGACUUGAAAGAUUGGGAAGAUCGACUUUUAGGAACUGAUUAUCGAGACGAGGAUAUGCCUCAUAUUAUACCACCUUUGGAACAAGGUCGUCCUAUCUUAUCCAAAAUGACCAGCAAUGAACUUCAAUAUCAGAAACCUGACAGACCAUUACACUUUACAUGUAUUACCAUUGGUACUCGUGGGGAUGUUCAACCUUACAUUGCUUUAUGCAAGUCAUUGAUGAAGGAUGGUCAUACAUGUCGUAUCGCUACUCAUGAAGAAUUCAAGGACUGGAUCGAAGAACAUCACAUUGAAUUUCGAUGUAUUGGUGGUGAUCCUGGUGAAUUGAUGCGUAUCUGUGUGGAAAAUAAUUUUUUCAGUGUUAAUUUUGUGGUGGAAGGAUUAAGAUUGUUCAAAGUAUGGAUUGAUGAACUUUUGGAAUUAACUUGGAAAGCAUGUCAAGGUACGGAUGUUCUUAUUGAAAGCCCAAGUGCUAUGAUUGGUGUUCAUAUCGCAGAAAAACUACGUGUACCUUAUUUUAGAUCAUUCCCAAUGCCAAUGACUAGAACUCGAUCUUUUCCACAUCCAUUUGCGACACCCAACAGUCCAAAAGGUCGACUAUAUAACGAUAUGACUUAUGUUCUAUUUGAUCAUGCAGUAUGGCGUGCUAUCUCUUCUCGUACCAAUGCCUUUCGUGAAAAAAUUCUUGGAUUACCUGCUACGACGUAUGAAAACUUGGAAGUUUGGAAAAUCCCAUAUCUGUAUUCCUUUAGUACAAGUAUCGUUCCAAGUCCUCUCGAUUGGAUGGAUUGGGUUCAUUGUACUGGUUAUUGGUUCCUAGAUAAUCCUCAGACUGGAUGGCAACCUGAUAAUAAACUCCUUACUUUUCUCAAUGAACCUGAUAAACGACCUAUUGUUUAUAUUGGGUUUGGUUCCAUUAUUGUAUCAGAUCCUCAAGAAAUCAUUCGUAUCAUUGUGGAAGCUGUUCUUUUAUCCAAUGUACGUGCCAUUGUAUCGGAAGGAUGGUCCUCUCGUCUUAGUCAAGGAAACACAGUACAAGAAGAACCUUCAUUAUUGGAAAAAUAUCCUAAAGUGAUUCUGAAUAUUCAAUCUGUACCUCAUGAUUGGUUAUUCCCAAAAGUACGUGCUGUGGUUCAUCAUGGUGGUGCUGGUACCACUGCUGCUGGGUUACGUGCUGGUAGACCAACUGUUGUCAAACCUUUCUUUGCUGAUCAAUUCUUUUGGGGUGAACGUGUAGAAGAAAUGGGAGUCGGUCUUUGUAUAAAGCAACUUUCGGUGGAAUCUUUAUCGGCUGCUUUGAGGGUGGUGUCCACUGAUGAAUCUAUGCUAAAAACUGCUAAAUUCGUUGGUGAAAAAAUACGAUCAGAAACUGGUGUAGAGACAGCUAUACAGUGUAUUUAUCGGGACAUGGAACUUGCUAGGAACCGAACAAUAUCAUCAGCAGAGAAAACACGAGCGAAGAAUCCGGUAGCUACAGAACAAGAAAAAGAAGAAGAACAUGAUAUAGCGACCACUACCAUCAUGAUGGAUGAACAAGAUCAAGAUUGGACUCUUGUGGAAUCAUCAAGAACUGAUUCUUCUUCUGAUUAUCCUUGAUCUGGUUCUCCUCCUUUUUUUUUCUUUCUUUCUUUAGUUCUUUAUACCUAGUUGUUUUCGUCCACCUCUUUUUUUUUUAUUGAUACUCCUUUUGAUGAUAAUGUCCAAAGUUAAAUAAAGAAAUCUCUACUUGAUCAUCAU